AAAUUCUCUAAAAUUUUCCCUCAAUCUGAGAAAAAGAAUAAAAAAGUAUUUAAUUUUUUCUUUUAUUUAUCUCUUUGCUUUGCUCUCAUUUCCGCCAUCUCGGAUCUGUAAAACUCCAACGACUGUUAGAGAGAGCAACGGAGGGACAUUAAAUCGAAGGGUUUUUUGUUUCUUUGUGGCCUAAACCGAGUUCGAAUUUUUGUCGCUGUUAUAUUAGAAAUAAACGUCGACGAUGAAGAGCACUGAAAGACUCGCCAAUUUGGCUUUAGCGGGGUUGACGUUUACACCACUUUUUGUGAAGGUAGACCCCAACUUGAAUGUUAUUUUGACUGCAUGCCUCACAGUAUAUGCAGGCUGCUAUCGUUCUGUCAAGCCAACUCCACCAUCGGAGACAAUGUCUAAUGAGCAUGCAAUGCGUUUUCCGUUUGUUGGGAGUGCAAUGUUGUUAUCGCUUUUCUUGCUUUUCAAGUUCUUAUCAAAAGACUUGGUUAAUGCAGUAUUGACAUGCUAUUUCUUUGUGCUUGGAAUCGUUGCUCUUUCGGCAACAAUAUUGCCUGCCAUAAGACGCUUCUUGCCAAAGCAUUGGAAUGAGGACCAUAUCAUUUGGCAUUUUCCAUACUUCCGAUCUUUUGAGAUUGAGUUCACAAGAUCUCAGGUCGUAGCUGCAAUCCCUGGAACCUUUUUCUGUGCAUGGUACGCUUCGCAGAAGCAUUGGCUGGCUAAUAACAUUCUGGGUCUUGCUUUCUGCAUUCAGGUUUGUUGUUGGUUUUUGCAGGGAAUUGAAAUGCUUUCUCUUGGAUCUUUUAGGACUGGUGCCAUUCUCUUGGGUGGGCUUUUUGUAUAUGAUAUUUUCUGGGUUUUUUUCACUCCUGUAAUGGUUAGUGUUGCGAAGUCUUUUGAUGCUCCUAUAAAGCUUUUGUUCCCAACAGCAGACUCUGCACGACCAUUUUCCAUGCUUGGACUUGGUGACAUUGUAAUUCCUGGUAUUUUUGUAGCACUAGCAUUAAGAUUUGAUGUAUCUAGGGGGAAAGAGAGCCAGUAUUUUAAGAGUGCAUUUUUGGGAUACAUAGUGGGAUUGGUCCUUACAAUUGUUGUCAUGAACUGGUUUCAAGCUGCGCAGCCCGCACUUUUGUAUAUUGUACCAGCUGUUAUUGGAUUCUUGGCUGCUCACUGUAUAUGGAAUGGAGAAGUCAAACCGUUAUUGGAGUUUGAUGAGUCAAAGACUGCAGUUACGUCUCAACAAGGUAGCGAUGACAAAUCUAGCAAGAAGGUCGAAUGAGUUAUAGAAGCCAACCAGACACCGAAACUAUUUUAGCUUGAAAAAGGAAAUAGUGUUUACUUUAAGGUCAAUCUUGGCUAACUUGUUCUACUGCAAAACCAUUGUAACAGAUUUUGGAAUUAAGCAAGAAAGAAAUAUUUAGCCUCUUAAGCAAGAUUACUUUCAUUUUUACUCAAUUCCAAUUUUCAUAGAUGUUCACAUUGUAUUUAGAUCCAUAAACACUUUCUUUUUGGAAAAUUAUUUAUUU